AUGCAAAAAUUAAAAAAAUAAAAUUAAAAAGUUACCCAAAAAAAGCGCGCACUUUAAGCUUGGGAAACUAGCGGAAGCCGCUAAAAUGCGCCCCCGGUCUACAUCACCUCUCGCCCACAGUUCUUCUCCUCUUCCCCCUCCUUUUUCUUCUUCUUCACCAACUGAUCGGAGGUUAAACACUCUAGUUCGACACCUUCUCGUUGAGAAUUCGAGUUCCGUCAUGGAUUCCAUCUCCGCUUCUCCUACUUCCGCCUUCCAUGGCGAUUCCGUCUUUGCUCACAUCGUUCGUGCUCCGGAGGAUCCUAUUCUUGGGGUGACAGUUGCAUAUAACAAAGAUCCAAGCCCGGUUAAAUUGAAUUUGGGUGUUGGUGCUUAUAGAACAGAGGAAGGGAAACCUCUUGUCCUGAAUGUGGUGAGACGAGCAGAACAGCAGCUUGUUAAUGACGUUUCACGUGUUAAGGAAUAUCUUCCAAUUGUUGGACUUGCGGAUUUCAAUAAAUUGAGUGCUAAACUCAUUCUUGGCGCUGACAGCCCUGCUAUCCAAGAGAACAGGGUUACUACUGUUCAAUGUUUGUCUGGAACUGGCUCGUUGAGAGUUGGAGGUGAAUUUUUAGCAAGACACUAUCAUGAACGCACAAUUUACAUACCUCAGCCAACAUGGGGAAACCACACAAAAGUUUUCACACUGUCUGGAUUAUCUGUGAAAACCUACCAGUAUUAUGAUCCAGCGACACGCGGACUCAAUUUCCAAGGCCUCUUAGAAGACCUUGGUUCUGCUCCUUCUGGAGCUAUUGUGCUGCUGCAUGCGUGUGCUCAUAACCCUACUGGUGUUGAUCCAACCCUUGAACAGUGGGAGCAGAUUAGGCAGCUGAUUAGAUCAAAAGCAUUAUUGCCUUUCUUUGACAGUGCUUAUCAGGGUUUUGCCAGUGGAAGUCUGGAUGCAGAUGCACAACCAGUUCGUUUGUUUGCUGCUGAUGGUGGUGAAUGCCUUAUAGCUCAGAGUUAUGCCAAGAACAUGGGCCUCUAUGGGGAACGUGUUGGCGCUCUAAGUAUUGUCUGUAAGACGGCAGAUGUAGCAAGCAGGGUGGAGAGCCAGCUGAAACUCGUGAUAAGACCCAUGUAUUCUAACCCACCCAUUCAUGGUGCAUCUAUUGUGGCUAUCAUCCUCAAGGACAGGGAUUUGUACAAUGAAUGGACUAUUGAGUUGAAGGCUAUGGCUGACCGCAUUAUAAGCAUGCGCCAGCAGCUCUUUGAUGCCCUACGAGCGAGAGGUACACCCGGUGACUGGAGUCACAUUAUCAAGCAGAUUGGAAUGUUUACUUUCACUGGAUUGAAUGCUGAACAGGUUGCCUUCAUGACCAAAGAAUAUCACAUAUACAUGACGUCUGAUGGGAGAAUUAGCAUGGCUGGUCUGAGCUCCAAGACAGUUCCUCACCUUGUAGACGCAAUACAUGCAGCUGUUACCCGGGUUGUCUAGACCUGUCAACAGACAGGUUUCCUGUGAGUGAGCCAACUUUUCUCCAAAAUGGUUCAACUCUUCUGCUUUUGAUAUUUUGUUACAAUAAUUGUGUCCUCAACCAGUGAAGAGGUCAAAGGAUUUGUUGCUUAAUUUAAGUUGGGAACCCAAAAAGUUGCUGCCAGAGAUUUUGGAGAAAACUAUUCCUAUAGCGUUUAUGUUGUACAAUUGUUUUGAUUGUCCAUUUCUCAUCAGAGACACAUCCCUUUAUUCUCCUUACUUUUUUAAAAUUCAAAAUAAUAACCAACAUUUUGUGCA